GAAUUUUCAUGUGGAAACAGUGGCUCAACCAAACCAUUAUGGUGUUAUUUGGAGAAAGCUCAUUGGGUGCAGUAUAUUACAACAGAAGAUUAUCACAAAAAAAAGAAGAAGAUACAUAAUAAAAGUGGUACUAUUGAAGGAUUCUUUAAAAAAUAUUCUAAAGAUUCCCCUGCUCUGAUGUUGAUUAAUGUUGACAAUAUAAAACUUUAUAAUAUAAUCGCCACGUGGAUUAUUAAUCAACAGCGUCUUCUUGCUAUAAUCUAA